AUGGUCUACACCGUCGAAGACGGCUUCCUCAAGCCCGCCAAGAAUGCCCUGCAAGCCCUCAGGCACUGCCUGCAGAAGGCUCAGGAGCACCCCAACUCCGCCAGCUUCCCCGACAAGCGCAUCAUCGACGACAUGCAUCCCCUCACUUUCCAGGUCCGCGCGGUCACUUCCUCGGUGUUCUGGGCGCUGACCGCUCUGACCGACGGAGCCAUCGCCAGUCCCAACGACGGAUUCCCCAAGGUCGAGGAGCUCACUUGGGAUCAGCUGUACGAGCACAUUGACAGUGCCCUCAAGGCGCUCGACAGUGCGGACAAUGCGUACAUCAUUGAGCAUGUGGAGAAGGUUAGGAAAUACAAGAUAGGCCCCAUGGAGCGGGAAUCGACCGGUACCCAGGCGGCGCAAAUUAUGCAGGCCAAUAUCUUCUUCCAUGUUACCACCGCCUAUGCUAUCCUGCGGAAGGAAGGCGUCCCGCUGGGCAAGACGGAUUACUUGGGUCAUUUCUUGGCUUAA